UGUCAAUCUGCAAAUAAGAGGGGGAGAGGUCAGUGUGGCUAGCAUAGCGGACUGCUUUCGAAACACAAACAGGAAGUCAACAAAGUUGAUUAUUAUAGUAAUUUACACUCCGAAUAUCUGCAGCAACCUCGAAACAACAGCAUGAGUUUUGCUGCCUCUCCGACUAUCGGGGAGUUAUUCCUCACCCUCCGUGAGAUGGGCUUCACAGAAGAACAGAUCCAGGCAGCUGUGCAGGCAGGGCAUUUUUCAGUGACGGAGGCGGCUGAAUGGCUCUUACAGGGUCAGUACCCACGGCACACAUUGCUUAAACAGUCAUCACAGUCGGCUGAGACGGCUUUUUCUGCUUUCAACCCUCCCAAAGAAGCAGCAAGCACCUCUGCUUCACACACAUCAUCCACUGACAGUCAAGCACACCCCUCUUUGGUCCUGAGGCCGUCACAAUCAUGCACCCAGUCCCCUGAUCCACCUCCAGUUGAGUCGCGGAUCAAACAAGACAAGAGUGACUUUGAAGAGAAAGAAAGACAACGCAUAGCUCAGGAAGCCAGAGCAGAGAAGAAACAAAAGAAACAGGAGCGUGAUAUGGUUUUAAAGCGGAUUGCAGAGGAUCGGAGGAGCUUGCAAGAGAAGAUCCAGACUUGUGCUGGUACAGACUCAUCUCCUCCCACUGGCCAAGGGCAGAAACUUAGUGGAAAGAUUCAGACAAAUGUAGACAACAACUGCACCCUCAUGAUUCGGCUGCCGUCUGGUGAGUCCAUGCGUGAGCGCUUCUCAGCUGAUGCCCCACUACGCAGCGUUGUGGAGCACAUCACCGGACGUCAUCCCUCCCUACCCUCCUUUUCUCUCCUUCAGGGUUUUCCACGGAAACGAUUUGGGGAGGCCGAGCUGGCGUGUUCACUGCGCUCUCUUGGCCUCACACCUAACGCUGCACUGUGUAUUCAAACAACUCCCCCAGAAACACCUCAGGAUCCAAGCCCAGCUGAUCCCCCUUCAGCAGUCCAGAACGAGCCGCCUCCAUGUGUUUUGCCUCUUCAGCCACAUAUACCUAUCCAGGAAGGGGCACAAGGACAGGACCCUGUGGUACCACCUCUAUUACCUAAUGAUCUGUGGGAGGAGGCAGUAAAUUAUGCUGGGAUACCUGGAGCUGGUCCUGCCCUGUCUGGACCUUUUCACUUCUGGGGGCGUGGCCAGCGGCUGGUUCCUGGCAGUGCCGAGGAUCCUGGUGCAGAGGGUGCUGAGGAACAAGAAGAGGAAGAGCUACCACCCAUGUUUAACGGGAUACAAAGGCUGCCUUUCUUUCCAGAGAACAGGAUUCGAGGAGGAUUCGAGCCCCAACACCACUGGCCAGAACAAGGCAAUCGACUCAGAGAGGCCCCAGAGGAGGAAGUUGCAGCUCCUGAGGAGUCAGGAGGUCCAGUGGCACCAGUAGCUGCAGGACUGGCAGCAGUGGAGCGUCUUCAAAGAGCUGCACAAGAGGACCACAGUGCUUCCCAGGGGCAACCAUCACCACCUAAAAGACCCUUUAGGACACCGAAUGUGCCAUCCCUGUGUGCCUUGGCCACCCGUGCAACUGUCCAACUCAUGACUGCUCCCAGUAUGCAGUACAAUAGCAGUCUGGCAUGCCUGACCCCAGGGCUGGCAGAGCUUCUGCUCAAUCAUAUGUCCAGAGAGAGGUUGCUACGUCCACGAACCCUUGAACUCUUUUUCGGCUGCCCACUGCAGAAGUUUGUCCUCAACUGUUACCCUUACUCCACUAAUGAGCUCCUGCGACAGUUAAGGGUCUUCACAGCUCUGAAGCAUCUGAGUUUAGUCAACUCACCUCUCAUUACAGACUCUGGCCUGAUAAUCUUGUCCAACUUGGUUAAACUGCAAUAUCUUAACUUGGCUUCCUGUAGUAAACUGACGGACUCCUGUCUGCAGUAUAUCACAGGUUUGAAGAGUCUGUGUUUCCUGUCCCUGGAUCAGACCAAAGUGACGGAUGCUGGGAUGGUGCCAUAUCUUCAGUCCGCUCCAUCCUGCCUCUCUCAGCUCAGUCUGAACCAGACAGCGGUGACUGAGGCCACAUUGGUCGUUCUCCCUGCCUGUGUGCCACAGCUGCGUCUUCUCAGCAUCAAACACACUAAGGUUAAGGAUGUGACUGCUUUGGCGGAGAUGUUCAGUCUGCAGACUCUCAGUGUGGAUGGGACAGGUGUGACAGACGUGUCUCUGCAAAACCUUGCUACCCACCCUGCUUUAUCUUCUCUCAGUCUGGGGGGAAUCCCUGUAGAAGAUGGCAAUCACACCCUUCAGAUUAUCUCAGGUCUAAAGUUGACUCAUCUCACCCUUCCUGGACGCCACACUGUGACAGACAGUGGCCUCUCAUACCUCUGUAAGCUGUCUCUCCUGUUGGAACUGGACCUGACAGACUACACCCAAGUCACCGACCAGGGAGUCAGCCAGCUCUCUACCAUGACCAGGUUGAAAAAGCUGUCGCUUAGCAACACUCAGGUGACAGAUGCAGGGCUUCCCGCUCUGCGUUGCCUGCAGGAACUGCAGGAUCUGUGUUUGGAUCGAACAGCUGUCACCAGCCAAGGAGUUGCCGAACUAAUCACCUGUCUGCCGCACCUUCAGGUGUUGGGGCUAGCCAGCACACAGGUGGGAGACACGGUAGUAAGGAGGGGUCUGAUCCGCUGUCAUCAGCUUGUUAAACUUAACCUCAGCCGCACUCGGAUCACAGACCAUGGUCUGAAGUACCUGAAGCACAUGCAUCUUGCUCAGGUGAACCUGGACGGUACUGGUGUGAGUCUGAUGGGUAUUGCUAGCCUCCUAUCUUUGACCAACAUCAGCAGCAUUCGGGCCAGUAACACUCGUGCUAUUCCACCAGAUGAAGUCUCAGAUGAGGAAUGGGAAGCUCAGUGAGCCUUAGUACCUUUGUUUGGUCUGGAUAUACCUAUCUGAGUAUGGUUUUGACUGCUGCUGGCUCCUUUAGUCCCUGAAAAAUGCUGCUACCAGGAUAACCUGGAAACAGUAACACUCCUACUUGCACUGUUUCAACUGCAGCUAAUGCCACUAAUCUGACAAUCAAGCAUGCUAAGAUAAACCUUUAAUCGUUACUCCCAGCUACUCAAUCUAAAAAGUUUACAAGAAACUUGCAGAAUUCAUCAGUACCUUCCUGUAUACACUGCAGUGAAUUGUCUCUGCAACACUGACUUCACAGCUUUAACACUUUGUGCAGGCUUACAGGUUAGAGGACCCCAUUUUUAAUAGCUGGCAUUUUAGGUUUGUGUAUCACAGCAUGUUUUUGCAAACUGUAACUAACAGACACUGACUAUAAAUUGAAUGAAAACUUAAAUUGUCAGUUUAACAAAAAAGGGUAAAUGAGGUAUGUGAGGGCAGAUUAUCUUCCAAUGACAACCUGCCUUUGUUAUACUGUAAAUGUAGUCACUACAUCUGGAAAACACUCUGCAAGUCAACUGAAUAUCAAGCAAUGGUUUGAUUUAUUCAAUUUAAAGCCUGCUUACAUGUUUAAGUUACUAGUAUUUUAAUUGCAUCCUGGUGAUGCAUGCCCUCAGCCGAUGUUUUAAGUUGUCAUACCUUCUAAAGUCUGUAAAGCCAAGAAAAGCCAGUAGUUGAGAGGUUGGCCGUGUGUGAGCAAAUUAUAAUCCAGUGGCUGUUAAUAUGUAUUGUAGGACCUAUGCAGCCAUGAGGCUCAGGAGACAGAACCCAAAGAAACUUUAAUCACUUAGUUUUUCAUCGUUUACAGAAUUAUUUUCCCUUAAAGCUUCUGACUUUUGAAUAACAUUGCUCCAGUUAAUAAAGUUUUCUCAAAGUGUGCUGUUUUUAUGUUCUGUUUAUUCAAACUUUUAUUGCAUUACAUUGUUAAAUAAGGCAGAACUUUUAUUUUUACACUGGGAGGGGGGGGGGAAAAAGUCAAUUUUGAAAUAUCAUAAAAUGACCUAAAAGCUGCUGCAUACAUGUUGGAAUUCAACAGAACAUUUGGAG